UGUACUUUGUGUGGCAACUCUGCUAUUUAUAAGCGCCGCCAAGGAACUAUUGUUGUAACUACCCUCUUAUCCUCUGUUGGGGGAGAUAACUUCUGUCAUUCGUGUAUCAUUGAUAUUUUAUGGUUCAGAGUGACAUUGAGUGGUAUUGAUUUCGAGAAAAAAUAUACAAACUAUCGGAAGUCAGCGAAAAAUAGAAAUUAGUAUUUAAUCAAUACACAACCUAGUCAUUGGAUAAUUACUGAUCAGGAAUUGCAUGCAAAAUUGCAAAGCCCGAAAGCCACAAGUGAUUAAAAUUAUACUAGUUAGAGACCCUCAUUUUCUGCUCCCCGUAAUUAUUUGUGUGUGGCUUUCAAAAUAGGACUCGCCGAAACUGCCCUACUUGAUAUGAUGGCUGCCAAUAUACAACAGCAGCGAAUAAUCAACGAACAGCUGCGGAGGGAAGCGGAAAUACCGCGUAUACGGGUAUCGGAAACAUGUCGAAUUAUGAUGAAAUAUAUGGCGGACCAUGCAAACGAUGAUUGCCUCUUGAAUGGAUUUCCCAGUCAAAACCUAAACCCGUUUAGGGAAAAAAGCUCAUGUAGUGUUUUGUAAACAGGCAUAUUGUCGGCCGUGAACACACCCUUUUCUACUUGUAAACAAAUGUUCCUGUGGUUAUGUAACUGUUGCUGCAUUCACCCGUGCUAAUCCUAUAAGCAUGUAAGCAGCAUAUCCCCUUCAACCCAUUCCAAAGUAAAACAAGGAACUCAAUUAUUUUGUCAGUAGUGAAUACUGCAUAUACAUACAUACAAACCUACAAAAACAUACAUAACAACAACAACUUUAGCCGUCUAUUUGUUAUACUAUUUAUAUUUAUACAAACCAACAAAAAAAACCAAGACUAUUUUAAGAUCAUCUUACAGGCAUACAAUGUAUGUAUAUAUACACCAUAUGGACUAACCACAAUUUCAAAUAUAUAUAUAUACAUACAUGUGUAUGUAUGUAUAUCCAUACAGUGAGCCAUAAAAAACAAGUAUGCCAGUUAAUUAUUGAAUUUACCCAAUCUGUAAUAGCUUAUGAAUGUGGUAUUUAUGUAGCUAAAGCUGAUAAGGAUUUUUUCGAUUGUUAGUAUGGAAUAUUAGCGUAAUUUCUAUGCUUUGUUAGUAUGUGUUAUCAGGUGAUAUAUCAAGUAAUUAUGUCCGCACAAUAUUGUUUGGAUAAAGUUAUUAUUUUUGGAAAAUCUCGCCAUAUUGGGACAGGGUUAUGUAUGUCGAAAGAAAUUAAAUGCCAAAGAAGGACACCACUUCUAUGUGUGUUUUUCAUUUUUUUUUACUUUUUAAAAACAACAAAAAUUGUAAAGUUGUAACAUAAAAACAUGCCCUUCAUAUGUUAAUUAAAAAUAUUUAGGGCUUGUUUAUCUAUAGUGAUACAAAGCUAAAUGCGAAAAAACAAUAUUUCGAGUUGAAUUUUUAAUUUUUUUAUAUUUAUUUUAAUCAAAAAUUUGAAAAAUCAUAUUUUUAAUGGCAUUUUGGGUUUGCAUUUAUUUUCGUAUUGUUAUAACGAAACAGACCCUUAUAAUUUCUUCAUCUUUCGUUACUAAUUUUUGUGACUCACUGUAUCUAAAGAACUUAAUUUUAUACAAAAAACAAACAUAAAGCCAGCCUACUUUCUAUUGGAGUAGUUGUCUAUGGACCUGGGUCAAUAAAUUCUGCUCAAUAUCCUUUGGCAACAAUGUCUGUUUUGCCUUGGGAUUCAUACAUAAAAUAUAUAUCAUUUAAAAUAAUACAAAAAAAAAAAAAUACAAAUAAUUAACUAAUAGUAUGAAUGUAUUAUUUUCAAUAUACACAAUACUAUUUACAUAGGAAACUAUAUUCUACAACUAUAAAUAAAUGGGAAUCUUUAAAAAAAAAAACUAAAAAAAAAAUUAAUAAAAU